AUGAGCAGCGUCACCUCUCUCGCAGCAUGCGCGGUACUCGCCGUCGCGACGCUGGCCUCGACCGGCGCAGCGCAGGCGCAGAAUGUUACUGGUCUGACGGGGACGUGGGCGAGUGGGAGCGGCAAGGUCUUGACUGGGCUGGACUUCUUCAACCCAAUUGAGAAGAAUUUCACCAUUCCCACAUCAGGCGGUAUUUCUUACUCCUUCAUCGAGGAUCUGCCUACUGGUGGUCAUUUCGAGACGAGUCAAUUCCGCUUCACAUCUAAUCCCUCGUCAAAUCGCUGCUUCACGGCCGCUCUGACAUGGCAACACGGCACCUUCACCAACAACGCCAACGGGUCUCUCUCCCUCACCCCUUACGCUCCCGACGGCUACGUGCAAGUCAUGGACCCUUGCGCUGCGCAGAGUACCCAGAUUUACUCGUACAACCAAUUUGAGCUCAUCCCGCAGUGGUUCAAUUACCUCGAGUCGUCGACGGGCUACGCCAACAUCGCCGGAUCAGCGUAUGCGAUGAAGAUGUUUGAGGACGAUGGUACGGGCACUGCAGGGACGCCAAAAGCGAUCAUGUAUUUGAUCAACAGGCCGCCGACUAUGCUGCCUACCGUACAGCUGCAUGAGGAGGUGCUCAACUCGGUGGGAGCGUACGAUUGA